GUACCUACGCGAUUAAAUACGCAUGCAUAUAGUUUAGUUAGUUCUGUAUUUAUUUGUUGAAAAACAACAAAUUACGGACGUGCUUGUGUUUCACAACACACAAAGGACGAAGUACACACGUUGCAGGCAAACAUUGCACGAGAAAAUUUUCGAGAAUCGCCCUUGACAACAGCCUUUGUCCAAUUUUUUUAGUUACAGAAACUUUUCUAAAGAACAUUAGUGUGCUGUUGUUUAUAACGUAGAUGGUCAAUUUCGCUGUUUAAUCAUGAGUUACGAAUCUUCUCAAAAAGCCCGAUACGAGGCCUUCAUCAAUGAAGCCUCGAAGGCAUUUCUGGCCAAAGAGUAUUCUACUGCCCUACAAAGCUACAAUCAAGCUCUUACGAUGGCUACAGAAAUGCAAUACAGUGCAAAGAUCAAAUGUGUACUUCAGUACAUGGUAGCCAGUUGCUUGGUGGAAGCAAAUGAUUUGGACAGCUUGGCAGAAGCAGUGAUGAUCUUGCAGACAAUAGACGUAGUUGCUAAGAAGAAAUUUCCUGGUCUUUUCUUAGUUUUAGCUCAAGCUCACUGUAAAUUAUACAGAUUUAAAGAAGCAUUCAAUGCGAUUUCCGAAGGAGAAUCAAUCAUAAAAGGCAUGUGCACUUCUUUAUUGGAAGGGCUGUAUAUACCUGGUACAAACAUUCUCAUUAAUCAAGACAUCGAAUCUGAGUUAUGGAAAAAGACUAAGGCAAAAUGUUCAUCUUAUGAACCUGAUGCAAUUUGUUUUUUAAGUGAAUGCAGGAACAUCACUAAACCUUACGUCACUGCAAACGAAAGUAUUUAUUUGCGUGAUCCAGCAUUUAAUGGAAUGGUUAUAGUGAAGUGUAAUGCUAAGAGGUCAUGUACUUUAAAAUUUCACCAAUAUUGUUGGAAAUUUCAGAAAGAUAAACUCCUUCCAUACAAAACAAUUCGUGAUGAAGAAUUCAUAAAUUAUAAGUGUUUUACGAAAAAUUGCAUGAACGGGAAAAAACCUAGUACACUAGUUUAUGUUGAAAUAGUUGCGGCAAAUGGUACGUCAAAAAUAUACAUGGAAUCGGCUGUAACCAAAAAACCUUGUGUAACUACAGAGAAAGCAUCAGAAAGAGAUUUUGACAAGACACAAUUAGGAAGUAAAUUUGAACAACGCAGAAGACUGGAACUAGAGAAGUCAAUGAAUUAUGAGCCUGAACAUUUCGAAAAAUAUGAUUCAAUAGUAAUUCUAAAUGAUGAAUGUGGGGGAAAAUUAAAUUUUUCUUCUGACGAUCCAGACACUGCUAAACAUAAAGAAUUUUUGGUCUCAAUGUUCGUGGAUUACAUAAGAAACAAUUUGGUGAGAGUUUGCGAUUUGUACGCCAAAUUUAAUGAGUGCAAAGAAUUCACCAAAGUUCCUGAUUUGGAUAUCUUGAAUUUUUUACUGACAACUGGAAAAAUAAAAAUGUUGGAUCAAACAGCUCUAAUACCACCAUCUGUAUCUCAAGAUGAAGAAGUGUUUGGUGAAAUGAAAGAUGUGUACGACAACUUGAUGGAUGAUUUGGAUGAUUGUGAUUUAAAAAAUGUAAACAAGUUACAGGAUAGUAAGUUGAGUGAAUAUUCACAUAAAACCUAUGCCAGUGAAAAUCUCGGUGGUGAUGCACCACCGUCGCAAAAAAUUUCAGAUAAAAAAACGGAUGUUUUUCCCCGAGAACCUGUUGAAAAAGCUGCUCCAAAAAGUGACGAUUCCAAAACAAAAUUAAUGGAAAUUAUAGAACUUAAGACGUAUAUACAUCAAAUGGAGAUGGAUAAGAUAAAGUUGAUAGAUCAAAAGGAAAACUUGGAGAAAGAAUUGGUCGCCCAGAAUACCAAUUUAGAGCUGUUAAAAAGUCAGUUAGCGGAUAACAGUCUAAAGUGGGCAACAAUUCAAGAGAAAAUUGAUAGCUUUAAGCAAUCCAAAGAAAUUAUAAGAAAAGAGAACGUUUCCUUAAAAAAAGAAAUCAUUGAUUUGAUGCAAGUAAAAAAAGAGUUAGAAAAGAAAUUGUUGGAAAGUGAAAAUUCAGAGUUACGCCGCAAAGAAAUGUUAGCAAAUUUUCAAAAAGAUAUCGAGAUGAUAGAAGAUAAAAUUAACGCAGAUUGGGUGGUUAAAUCUGAAAACAUGAUGAGGAAUGCUUUGGAAAAAGAAGUAGAAACAAGGGUAGCAUUGUUGAACGAUUGCCUCAACAACAAAUACUCAAACUAUACUCAAACCAUACAAGAACGCAUUGAUUUUUGCAAUAACAUACUCGACGUAAUUGGCAAAAUUAAUGGUUGGAUGGCUCAAACUUUGGACUGGAAACAAUUUUUGGAUAGUUCCGAGUGGCUGCUUAAGUUGUCUUGUUAUUCAAAAGCUCUGAUUGACUUGAAGGACGAGUAUGAAGCCUUGGCGAACAAAUUAAACAGCGAAGACUCGAAGGAAAAAUAUGAAAUGCGUGAAAUCAGUUUAAAUUACCCCGAUAUACCACAACUACUUCACGAGACUGCUGGUGAAUACGCACUUAAAGCUCUGAACGCAUUGCACGAUCGUCAUCGCAUGGUUCUACAUAAUAUUCAGCAAGCCUCUAAUCAAGUCAAACCAGUGGCUUUUCCAUCCCAGCCUACAUAUCCUACCAACUAUCCGCAAAUUGGUGCACCACCUCCUGGUCUAAUCCGCCCUCCUACAACGGCGGGUUUUAACACAUUUUCUCACGUCAAUCAACCAAUGGUUAUUCCGUUUAAUCAAUAUAACCAGAUACAGGAUAUACAGAAGCAGAUGCAGAUACAAUUACAGAAGCAAGUGCAACAACAAGUUCAACAACAGCUACAGAAUUGGCAACAGGAGUUUCAAGAAAUGAAGGAGGAAAUGAAGAAGCUUGAAAUGGAAAACAAAGUUUCAGUUACAUACCCAGAAAGUAUUGCAAGUGAUGUGUCUUUAACCACUGAGGCACAAAAUAGUUCAUUGCAAAUAACUCUUAUUGAAUCAGAAUCAACUGAGCAUGCCACAAAACCGACGGAUGAUGUUCAUUGUUUCAUAGAGCACAAUGGCAGCAAAAUACCGUAUGCUACUGAGAGCAUGUUAGGUGAUACUGAUCGUUCCGAUAUUGAAGAAGCCGUUGAGGAAGAAACGAAACACAAGUUUUCUCAGAUAUGGGGAAGAGAAGCAAAAAAUUUACAUGAUUCGGAAAAAAAAGGAGCAAUAUCUUUCCUAAAGCCUUUCGAUCUGCAGCAGCAACAAAAGCAAUCGCAGUCUUUUAAAAAACCUAGCAGCAACUUUAAUCAAUACCAACAACAAUUAACUCCUCCCGUAAAAUCUGGUAAUAAUUUGUAUUCCGCGGAAAAUAAGCAAAAACAACAUAUAACUUCGCUAACACAAAUUAAUAACAUGUGUUGGCUUAAGCCACAAAAAGUGCCUUUUCAACAAUCUAGUAACGAUUUACUUCCCUUGGAAAACCAACAAAAGCUUCUGUCUUUAAAAAAAUCUAGUGAUGAUUUAAAUUACAAGGGACACCGACAAAUGCAACAACCGAUGCCUUCGCAAGAACCUAUCAAUGAAUUUAGUCAUAAAAGCAACCAACAAAAACGAUCACUAAUACCUAGUGAUAAUUUAGAUGACUGGGAAGAUCAAUUAGAAAUAUUAAAUGGACGUAAGCGUGUUGAAGUUUACAACAGUAAUCAGAAUGAAGAUGAAAAUAUUCAUCAAAACCAACAACAUUCUAAUAGUUCCGUCAAAAGUGUGGUCACCAUUUCUGCCAAAGAUGAAAAAGAGUUUGAAGAAAAUUUGGUAAUGAAGUACCUACUGCAGGACAGUGAGGAUCAACCACGACAAAAAAGACCAAACCUUGACUCGUUAGUUAAAAGAUUAAGGGCGAAAUAUCCGGGAACGGUAGAGUCCGAUAUAAUUUUUAUUAUUUCGGAAGUACGUAAAAGACACAACAACACACUACAAGGUUUGACUGUUGGUCAAAUCGUUGAUGAAGCUGAAGAAUUUUUUGCAAAUAAUCAACACAUACAUUUGAUACUAUAUUUUCCGAAUGACACGUCCGAAACUCUUGCCAAGUUGCCAGGUCUACAGCGUGUUCAUAGAGACUCGGGGUCUUCAACAUCUUAUUCCAACGUCAAUAAGGGCCCAAGUAUCGUACGACCUUCCUUAAAUUCUCCAAAAAAAACUUGGAAUACUCUACCAACUGAAGAAAUAAAAUGGGCUGGUAGUUUAGACCUAGAGUGUUCGAUUUGCACGAAUCAAGUAAAAAGAAGCAACUGCUAUACAUUGGACUGCCGACAUUCUUUUCAUUAUCACUGUGCCAAAUCCUGGUUUAAAACCCAACGUACAUGCCCCAAUUGUCGAGCACCUGUAACUGAACCUGACGAAUUUCCACCUCUUCCAGCUUAACUACUUCAGUAAUUUAUGGUUAUUUUUCAUUUAAUUCAAAAAAUUUAAGUUAGUUUAAUAGUAGUAUUUUUAUAUCUUAAAUGCAAGUCGAUGUCAUAUUUUAUUGCUCAGCUU